GGUUUUGCCAUGGUCUUCCUCGCUAAAGCCAACACUGGCAAUACAAAAUAUGCGCUCAAGCGUAUGUAUGUGAAUAGCGAGCACGACUUGAACGUGGCCAAGAGGGAAAUUCAGAUUGCUAGCAAUCUGAGUGGUCAUAAGAAUAUUAUAGGCUAUGUGGACUCAAGCAUUACGCACGCUGGCAACGGUGUCUGCGAAGUACUAUUGCUCAUGCCCUACUGCAAGCAGCACAUGCUGGCCAUGAUGAAUGCACGUUUGCAAGUUGGCUUCAAUGAGCCGGAAGUUCUCACCAUAUUCUGUGAUAUUUCAGAGGCAGUGUCACGUUUACACUACUGUCAGACGCCCAUCAUCCAUAGAGAUUUGAAAGUAGAGAAUAUACUGCAAAAUGAUGCUGGUAAUUUUGUACUUUGCGAUUUUGGCUCAGCCACCGCAAAAAUACUAAAUCCGCAGCAACAUGGCGUCACUCUCGUCGAAGAGGAAAUACAAAAAUACACAACACUAUCGUAUCGUGCGCCCGAAAUGAUCGAUCUAUAUUCGGGUAAAAGUAUUACGACUAAGGCGGAUAUUUGGGCACUGGGUUGUAUGCUCUAUAAAUUGUGCUUCUUCAAUUUGCCCUUCGGCGAAAGUACGUUGGCCAUACAAAAUGGUCAAUUUUCCAUACCAGAUAAUUCCAAAUACUCAAAAGGCAUGCAUCAAUUGAUUAAAUAUAUGCUUGAGCCCGAUAUGGAUAAACGACCGAAUAUCUGGCAGGUGUGCGAGGUGGCAUUCCGAUUGGCUGGCAAGGAGAAUCCAGUACAAAAUUUGCACAAAUCUCCACCACCAAACUACGACCAACUCGUCGUACCACCGUACGAGUCCGAAGCGAAACGCAUUUCCGCCGCCGCAGCCGCCUCAAAAACAUCUAAACCGCAAAGUGUACCCAUUGUGGAGUCGGGCACAAGUGUGGCGCCACGUCAACGUCCUAAAGGCUCCUCCGCUGGGCAUGGUCCAAAUCCGCUCGGUCUUGGCUUGCCUCCAAGUCCAUCGCCACGUAAUAAUAUAACAUCGCCGCAACCACAACAGCCAGUAGUUGAACAAUUUCAAGCGAAUUUUCCACAAUUGGCGCCACCAGUUGUGCCGCCACCUCCAACACCACAAACAGCAACAGCAGUGUCUGCUUCCGGCGCUGCCAACAUUACGACCGCACCUGCACCCGCACCUGCCGCCGUGGUAGCUGCAACACCCACUGCUGCAGCAACACCAUCAAUACCAGCACCAACAGCACUAACACAAUCGCAAACUGUGAGCCAAGUUAGCAGCAACCUUGUUUCUUCUGGCGCUGCUGCUGCUGCCGCCGCUACAAUUGUGACACAACAGCCGCCACCCGAGGUAUUGAAUAGCCUCUUCGAGUCGUCCGUUUAUCCGGAUCCAUUUAGUGAGAAUGCACCAUCGUCGGUGUCGUUGAAGAAUACUACUGCAUUGGAUACGGUGGCCUGCAGCAGUGCUGUUGGUGUUGGUGUUGGUGUUGGCAUAGGAGACGGUUUGGAUAAUAUAGCAGCGAGUAGUUUAUCAGCACAUCAAGCAAUCGGCAGUACGCCGCCCACAAAGAGUAGUAUGCUGACCGUUUCGUCGGGCAUGGGAUCGAGUGUGAGCGUGAGUGGUGGUAGCUCUGGACAUCGACGCAAUGUUAGCGAUACGUCAGCUUUUAAUAAAACCUUCGCCAAUGAGACUUCACAAUUUUUGGCGCCCUAUGAUCAUUCGGUUAAAAGUCGUGCGCCCCAUUCCAGUGAUGCCAGUGGCGGCGGCGGUGGCGCUGGUGGUGACGACAGUCUGCUGGUCAAUGCAAUGGCCAAUUCUGGCACGAAUUAUGGCGGCUCAAAUCCGGGACUCUUUCUACCAGCAACACAAUCGCUGCAUAUGCAAGGACAAGGUGCCGCCGUCAUGUCGGCAUCCAUAUCGAGUGCUGAACUGACAAGCGCUCAAGUGUUGCGUUGCAACAUGGACACCAGCUGUAGCAGUCAAGCCGUGCCAAGCGCCAAUGUCGCCGUAGAUGGCGCAGGUACCACAACAAAUCAAGCCAGAGCCAGUGGCACUGGCAGUUCAAUGGAGCAACGUAUUGAGGCAUGGAAUCCAUUUGAAGAGCAACCAUUCGGACAAAUGACCGAAGAUCAUAUAUUCGAAGCCGAAUUUGAUAAAAUACGACAACGUGGCAGUCAAGGCAGCAUUACUGCAAAGUCCGCAUCUACAACUUCCACUUUAACACCGACUGAAGGUUAUGGCGUUGCUAUGCCGGCACCGCCGCCACUGCCGCAACAGCAGCAAGCACAACCGCCCACAUUUGGUCAAACAGGCGCUGUCGCUAGCGCGGUUACAGUUGGUGCUGGUGGGGGUGGCGUUGGCGUUGGCGUAAACACCGCUGUACCACAUAUACCCGAGGAUCCUUUCGGCUCGGCGCCGUUCAGCUUGCCGGCCGGAUUGCGCGAGAAAGCAACAACGCUGCGUAAAACUGGAGCUAAAUUCGUCGUCAGUGGCGGUCCGCCGACAUCGACGAUGCCCCAGUCGUCCAGUGGCGGUGGGAGUGGUAAUAUGACAGCGGCCUCAUCGACAGCUUCGUCUAAAUGGCUGCUCUCGCCGACGUUGGAAGUGUCGAGUGAGGAAAAGACUUCGUUGAUAAAUAAUCUGAAAACUGAUUCCGAAGGUGGCGCUGGCGGCGGUUUAGAUGAUGUUCACGGUGGUGGUGGUGGUGGCGGAGGUGAUGGUGAUUCCGUAGCCACCUUGGCUGGCGUAGCACUGCCUGGCGGUGGUUUUGUCAAACUCCCGUUGGAGGAUCGUAAUAAAUAUGAAAAAUUACGCAGCAAUGAUAAUCCCACUUCCGAUGAUUCUGAUUCCGAAUUCUUUCAAGAAGAUUACAGCAAUACAACUGGUCCCAGCAGCACCAAAGCGAUUUUCAAGCAAAUUGUUACCAACAACAUACCAGAUACAAUACAUAAGAUACAGCAGGCUGCCUAUCACAAGGUCGAUAAGACACAGCUGAAAGUUCCCAUUGUAAAGAAAUUACGCCAUUCCACUAAGAAACCGACAACAGCAGCCCAACAGGCCGCACAGCAAGUGAACGCCGCUUUAGAGCAGCACGAGCAACAGCACCAACAAGCGGCCGCAAUUGCUGCCGCUGCAGCAGCCGCAUCCGGUGUUAAAUCGGAUGGUGAGGAUUCGAUUGGUUCAGCGAGCGAUUUGCGUGCCGAAGAUGAUGACUUGUUCGAUGAGAAUGAUGUGCGUACGCGCAACACAAAGUUGCGACGCCCAAUCAUGGAUAUGGAUGGGAUAAGUGAGAGUGUGAAGACGUGCAGCUCAUCAGCUUAUCACGCCGAAUGCGAAAGCGUCACCACGCAUGAAGACGAUGUGAGUCGAGUGUUGGUUAAGGUGCGUUUGCGCAAGAAGGACCGCACCGCUGCCGCUGUGGCAGCUGCUGCCGAAGCGAGUGGCAUUGUAGCAUGCGACGACGAAAGCGAACUUAGUCCGACAUCAAAUGACUUCCAUAAUAAGCUCGGCGACAAACCGCUGCUGCUUGACGAUGAACUAGAUUAUGGCUCAGGCGAUUCUGAUUCGAAAGGUAAGAGUAGUAAUGAAACGGAAGAAUCACCCGAAAGUGGUGUACCGCCCAAUUUGGUGGCAAAUGCAAAUGCAAAUUCUAAGCCAAUAGAGUUGGAUGUAUUCGCUAUGGCGCCAUUUAAGAUGCCUGUUGGUUUGCCAUUGAAGAAGCGUACUACAAAAAGUACACGCGGACCGCCAAAAGUGCCGGCACGUAACCCGCCUGCACAAUCGCAUGCAGCGGAAAUUUGGACAUCAACGCCAGUAAAAGGAUGCGAAACGCGCACCAGUUCAACAGAUAAUUUCACGAGCUUUCCUUCGGGUCCCUCGCCACAAUUAGACGAGUUCAACGAGCCGAUUUUCAAUCCAUUCGUCGAGCCAGUUGUUGCACAAUCUGCCUUAACUCCUAAACCGCACAUACAGAGCGCCUCAAAUUUCGGCACAGUCACCGUUAUAUCCACAUCAGCCGAUACGCCGGCCGCAACUCCAAAACCUACUACUGCAAAGGCAGCAGGUUUGACAUUUGUGUCCAACUUCCCAACAGCCAUGCGUGUGGAGCUGCCAACCAGCGUUCUGCCAGCGCAUGAGAAGGAUCUUUUCGGCUCGGAGCCAUUUCCGCAGGUAAUUCGUAAAUGUAUUAUUGUUAAUUCCACAGAGGGUGGCGCAGAAAACGCCAGUAACAAUAAAAACAACAACAACAUUGUGCAAAUCCAACAACCUCAAACGACCAUACCAGCGGCUCCAGUAGCCCAACAUUCCAAUGUGACAACCAUUCCAACCUUUGGCAUGCCUUUAGCAACGGCGGCGCCGCAACCAACCAGCAUGCCUCAACUCGUCACAAUCAACCAUUCAAUAAUUAUCAACAAAACACCCGAACCUUUGGCGAGUUCCUCGUUGCAAUAUCGCACCCAUAAUCCUAAUUCAUUCCAACAACAAAGUCCUGCAACGGCUGCGAACUCCGGCGUCGCUACCACAGCGAGUGGCAGCGCCUAUAUCAAAUUACCUGCAACUGUUGCGCCGCUGAACACUACCAACAUUGCCUCUGCCAAGCAUGUCAGUGUCAAUAUACCGCCGCCCCACCCGGCAGUGGCGUCCAUCAGUAUACCCGGUCCUAAUGCCGCCACAAUUCUUCACAAGCAAUCUCUCAAAGUCAGCGCUCACAUUCCCCAUACGCAUGGUGUCGUACUGACCAUACCUGGUGGGGGUGGCGGUGGCGGUGCUGCUGCUGCUGCUGCUGCUGCUGCUGCUGCUGUUGCACUCCCCUCCAACUCCACCACUGCAACUGUCUCGAAAAUCGCGCACACGCCAAGCACCCAUGGCGCCAUUGCCACCGCCAGCACUAUUGCCCACAUGAAAGUGUCCGAUCACCAAUCUCUGUUUCCUAUCGCCGAUAAUGGUUUUGUACAAAUCUCUCAAGAGCGUUGUUCGGACUUUGCGUCAGACGAUGAAGCGGAGCCAGUGGUUUCGCAUGGAUCGCAUGCUGCCGACAUGGGUGCAGCCACAUCAAGAACAACGCCACCAACUUCAUCGGCAACGGCGAUACUCAACAGCGCCGCCAUAGCCCCAGCCAGCAAAGCAAAAAAAGAAAAGUCUCACUUGGGUGUGAGAACUUUGCCAGCUAAGAUUACACAAAAGGUUAAGGGGCACACCUACAAGAAGGUAGUGUCCGCCGGCGUCCUCGGCUCAACUUCAUCAUUAACUUCAAGCAGCAAACAGAAACAUCAACGCUUGCAAUGUCAGUCACAAGAGGACGACGACGACGACGACAACGACAAGGUUGACGUUGAACGCAACAGAGAGGGCAAUUUCAAGAAUCGUUCGGCGUCGAGUGCCGUCACAAGCAGCAGUUCAACAAAACAUUCCAGCAAACAUACAGCAAGUACCGGCGGUGGUGGUGUUGGCGGUAGCAGCAAAAGCGCCAAGGGCCCAAGUGCCCCUGCCAAUUCGGCAAUGUCGAAUAGCUUCCAAUCGAAUACAAUACAAAAUUCAGCGAAAACUGGCUUUAGCAAUAUGAGCUUCGAAGAUUUCCCCUCCGAUCAAGAGAUCGAUCGGCUGUCCAAAACCCUACCAUUCGAGGUGGUGCGCAAUGAGAAAAUGCUGCUGGAAGCCGAGAAGAAAUUCGGUUCGUUGAAGCGUCGCAACAAUCUGUUCUCCUAGAAGCGAAUUGCCGAAACGAAGCGAUCGUUGAAGCGCGAAUUUAAGCAAGUACUACAUAAAGUAUUGAAAAAUUCCAAGGAGUAAUUAAUAAUUGAAGUCAAUUAUCUAAAUAGAGAAUGCCUGUAACUAUGUAUUUACGUAGAAUUAAGCGUAGAGAUAGAUGUAAGUGUGUAACACAAAUGUGAAUUGAUGAACAAUACAAUACAAUACAUAUGUACUAAUUUAGAAGAACGGAUGUGAAGAAUAUAGUAUGUUUUAUAGUCGGGUGAUUAUUUAUGUCUUAAGCAUCGUAAUGUUGUCUUAAAGUCGUACAUUUUUUUUAGGCCAAAACAACGUUUUAAAAUUGUUUUUGGGCGAUUCGCAGGGUAAAAUGUAAGCAAGUGCAUUAUACAUAUAUUUUCUAUCAGAUUAAAAAUAUUUUGAUGUGUGUUGUUACACAUGCGCUUAAAAAAUUUUAACUAUUAUUUUAGUUUGAAAAUUUUACGACAUUACGAGUUUUUGUGAAUCGCAUAAAUUUAUUGUGUAAAAAUUUGCUAAGAACAUAAAAGAGGGAUAUUUGCACAGCAACUUGAAAGUUUUAAUUAGAUUUUGAAAUUAUCUGGAACGCAUUUUAAAUCCAGCAUUUUUCAAAUCAUGUUGCUAAAAUAAGUAAACUAAUAUAUUCCAAUUCAGAAACUUUUUUAAAAUAACUCGUGAAAUUGUUGUAAAUUUGUA